AUGGCCGAGACUGCCGCAAGCUCAGUCCCUACCUUCAAGCUCGUGCUUGUCGGUGACGGUGGUACCGGAAAGACGACCUUCGUCAAGCGCCAUUUGACCGGAGAGUUCGAGAAGAAGUAUAUCGCGACGCUCGGAGUAGAGGUCCACCCCCUCGGCUUCACCACAAACCUCGGCCAGAUCCAGUUCGACGUCUGGGACACCGCUGGUCAGGAGAAGUUCGGUGGUCUCCGCGAUGGGUACUACAUCAACGGACAGUGCGGUAUCAUCAUGUUUGACGUCACCUCGCGUAUCACAUACAAGAACGUCCCCAACUGGCACCGUGACUUGGUCCGUGUCUGCGAGAACAUCCCCAUCGUCCUCACCGGUAACAAGGUAGACGUCAAGGAGCGCAAGGUCAAGGCAAAGUCCAUCACCUUCCACCGAAAGAAGAACCUCCAGUACUACGACAUCUCCGCCAAGUCCAACUACAACUUCGAGAAGCCCUUCCUCUGGCUCGCCCGGAAACUCGUCGGCAACCAGUCUCUCGACUUUGUCGCCGCCCCCGCUCUGGCGCCUCCCGAGGUCCAGGUCGACCAGGCCGUUCUCGACCAGUACCGACAGGAGAUGGAGAACGCCGCCCAGAUGCCUCUGCCCGAUGAGGACGACGCCGAUUUGUAG